AUAUGUGUGUGUGUGUGUGUGUGUGCAUAUAAAAGCCUCUCUCUCCAUGCUUCCACUUCACUCUCAGCUCUCCAUUGCUUUGCUGAAAGCAUAGGCGCAGGACGGACGAGAGGGGAGGGGGACACGACUGAAGGAGAUCCCUGUGUUACAGUGGGAGACAUUUCUUUGACCUUCCUCCUUACUUUCUCCCCCCACCCUCCUCCCUCCUCUCCCAAUGUGUUUUGGGUCUCCCUCCUUUCCCCCCGCUUCUUCCUCUUAAGCGUCUCGGCUCUGCUUGGACGGUGGCUGCAUCGAUGCAAAAUGGGUUGUGGCAAUUCCUCAGCCACCAACACCUCAGGAGGGGGGCCAGCAGACGUCUCCAAAGAUGUGACAGAAGAUCCUGCGGCAGACGAUGAGAAAAGAAGGAACUAUGGUGGCGUAUAUGUAGGUCUACCAGCAGACCUGACCACUGUGGCUGCCAGCCAGUCCAAGUCCACACGUAAAGACUAGCAGCGACUAAAAGACACAACCCAGGAUCCUCCAUAUUCAUUCACCUAGAGACACUCACAUUACAAGCAGAGAGCAUGUAAGUGCUCCUAUUCUGGCUCACCACACACUGAAUAACAACUCAGGCUUUAACACUGUCAUUGGGCGAGGAUGUGGACAGCUUGCCGGGGAUCUGAGGACGCUGCCUCAUGGAGUCAUGGGUGGCACAGUGACGCAGGGAUGCACAGCAGAGGUCUGCAUACGGCAUCCAUCAUCACCCUUCACUUUGCAAAAAAAAAAAAAAAAAAAGGAAGAUGAGCAUCAGAGCGGACAAGCACCCACCCUGGGACUGGCUGUGGGCGGCGGCAAUGGGCAUUGUGACAGCCAUCUUGGCUUCUCGGUCACGGCACUGGAACAUUCUCUUUCUUUCUCAGGAGGAGACAGGGGACCCAGCCAACUAACUAACUAACUAACUGUCUGGGAAACACACACACAUUCCCAAUAGCCCUCUGCAAUAAUAAUCACUGCUCAGUUAUUUCUCUAAGAAGCCAUCAAUGAUUCAUUGUGUGGCGGAGACAGAGAGUUAGAGAGACAGAGAGAAAUCAGAGUUUUGCAAAAAGCGGCAAACAAGUUCUUGUUAAUGCGUCACAGAACAUCAAAGUGUCAUUGAAAAUAGAAUUGAUUUCAAUCAGGGGCGCGCUGCUGUAAGUGUCUCAAAAUGACACUGCUUCCGAUGAUGAGCCUAAAUGAUAAUAAUAAGUUAAAUCAAGAGUGUUUUAAUCAACGUCUGCAAAUGUCCUGCUAUUGUCACUUAACUUGUGCCCCAGACUGAUUAUGUAACAUCAGCAUAUGACUCAUGAUACUUAGAGGAUCUCCCUCUCUCUCUGUCUGCCUGCCUCUUUCUCUCUCUCAUGCUCUCUCUGCAGCAUGUUGUUUUUUCCCCCUGCAGAGCUCUGAUUCUGGGUAAUUCACACAGCUCUUACAAUCUUUCUCAGAAGCAGAAUUGUCUCGCCGUUAGUUCUUAUCUCUAAGCAUAAAAUGUGAUCUAAUGUGUAACAGCAAAAACAAAGUCAUUAAAUUAAGUUCAGUUGCAAAAAAAAAUUGUGCAAAAAAGGAAACCAAGAGAGGCAGAGGUGGUGAUUUUUGUUUUAACGUCCCUUGUUUUUCAUACAGUUUACUGACAUUGUUUUGUAACUGAUUUUAUUACAAUCUAUUUUAUACAUUAUGUAACACACUUUAUUGUGAAUGUUGUGAUCUUCUGUAUGUAGUCCCUUAAGGAUAAAGCUGGUGCUACGCUGUGUUUUUGUUAUGUCCAGCAAAUACCAUGAAAAGACUAAAGCCAACCAAUCUCGUGGCCUUCAGGAGCUGAUGGAGUGGUUCCGUUGUCAUGCAGAUUAAUAGGAAAUUCUACUCAUAAUGGCAAGUAGUUUUCAAUGGUCCUAUAGAUAUAUACAAGGAUGUAAAUCCAGGUAAAAAUAGGUCACUAACAUUUAGUUUCAUUUUUUUUAAAAAAGUCUCAGUAAUCUCCUACAACAGCUGGACAUGGCAGUUGAUAGCAAAUGUAAUUUAAAAGGGGUGAAUAGCGUAUUUGUUGGGGACUACUUUCAGCUGUGGAUUAAUACACAUUUGGUAUUCUACUACAGUGAUUCCCAACCACGAAUUCUUGGGGUGCGUUCAGAAAUACUCACUCAGCAUGCCAGAGUGCACUCUGGAACAAACUGGACCAUUUGUAAAUUAGUUGCGCUGUUGGAUUGUACUGUUCCGUUCUUCAGACCAUCACAGUCUGGGAGCAGCUGAGUGAAAUCUGUGCACUCUGUCUGGGGAGACGUAGUCUGACUCAUUGCAUGUAGAUUGUGGCCAUAACGCUGCCACUGGGCACUGAUUUCGGCCAGAAUUCUCCCUUCCAUCCCCUGUCUGUGUGUUACCAUUUCCAAAUCCCCUAUUGUACGGGCGCUGUCACUGCAUCGUGGCCUUAGUGCUGCCCAAGAUGAGUGUGGUUGGUUUAAAGGGACAAAAACACGGCAGCAUGUUUCUUUCCCCCCUAUAGAAACAAGAUAAUAGGUGAUUUAAACCUUUCUCUUAUGCUGACACAGCGCUGUAGAGAUAAGUCUGGCUACGCAAGACCAACACGUUCUCACUCCAACCUCGUCACAUAUUAACGUUUGAUCAUGGACCUUCAACGUCUAGAUAUGAUGUGAAAGGUACCUUGGGUGUGUUGGUUGUUGCCGUUCUGGGACACCGUGUCAAGUUCUGCCUGUUACAUGCAUUGUCUUCUUUCAAAAUACACUUCCGUUUUCACAGGAAAUGUACCGUUUACAUACAGUCUCUUUCAAAAUAAAUGCACUAUGUCGGCACAACACUGCGAUUUGGUGUUUUUUUUUCCUCCAACAACUAACGCAUGCAGUUGGGUUUGGAAAAAAGAACACUGUUUGACAGUUUGACUUAAUAAUCUUACGGGAUAGAACACCGUGUCCCAGGUGAAAGUCUGUGUUUUUGGAUCCAUCCACCACCCCUUCCGCCUGCCCUAUUCGUACUUUCACCACCUUAACGUUCAGUUUUGUCCCACCACAUUUCCCCCUGACGCCACCAAGUGCUGUUCAACGACAAAAUAAUGUUAAAGGACGGCUUUUUUUUGUCAAUGUCUGACACUGCAAGCCACUGCCUAAGCGCUGGAUUUUGACGACUUUGGAGUGAGACCUUGGCAGAGUGCUAAUCAGGAAUCAGGGAAUGUAUUGUUAACAUAACGGUUUGUUAAUUCAUGUAGAGCUAGAACGCUCUGUUUCUUUGAACAACAGCUCUCUCAUUUCAGUACAGAGCAUCAGUUUGGAUUUAUGAAUGCACCCUUGUACCCUAGGGGUACUUCUGCAGUUACAAUGAUGUAUGUGGAAAUAUAUCGGUGUAGCUCAGCGAAUUCAAAAAACAUUAAAUAACAAUGAAUUUAAAAAUGUAUUUUUAAUCAGGGAGUGUGCGAGUAGCCAGCAAGCAAGCAAGCAGAGAAGUCUAAACAGUAAAAAAUAAUGUGUAAAUGCUCAAAAAUUAGCUCAAAAUCUGGUUGUAAGUGAUAACUAAAAGGACCAAACAUGCAGUUGAAAUAGUCAGCGUAAAGUAAUGCAUCGUGUAGCUUCUGCGACUCAUAGUACAAUUGCAAACUUGACCAAACCAACCAAAACACUGACAGUUUAACUGUAUGAAAGAAUACUGUUCAUAGUGUUUUAUAAUAUCCAGCUUACUUGGAACCUGGUGGGUAAAUGAAGGGGUACUUGAGUCCAUCUGAUAGGGGUGCAGAAAAGGUUGGGAACCACUGCUCCAGUAGUGUUUACAGCAGCAGGACAGUAUAUGUGGACUAAAGAGCUAUGGUGCAGAGUUAUAAGCUAUAUUGGUUAUUUUAUGGCUAUAUAUUUGUUAGUAGGGUCAAUUCAUGGUGUUUUUUUCAUGGUAUUUUUGGACAGUAAGAAAACUAUAGAACCAGCCUUAUUCUAAGCAAAAACCUCACCAGUGUCCCCAUUAAAAAACACACAUUACAGCUGGGCGGACAUUAGGGGCCAAGGUCAUUUGUCAGCUGGACUCUUGAUGGCUCUCUCUUCUAAUGAAUGUACAACAACCUCCACUCACUGGGACCCAAGAGGAGGGUGGAAAUAGGCCAACUUUAAACACUUGAGAUUCAAGAGAUGUUCCGCGUUACACAAAACGCUUCAUACACCUGUGUGUGUGUGUGUGUGUGUGUGUGUGUGUGUGUAGCCUCGACUGACCGGUCACAUGAAAAUAGGGACUUAUUUCACCAUGCCUGAACACAAGCUCACUGUUUACUGUUCGUGUCUGUUUGAAUGACGCCCACUAGCUGCCAAGCUCUGUUAUCAGUCACUCUGAUACCAAGGGAAUUCAUGCAGUGUCUUUUAAUUGCAAGCCAUUUGUCAGCUCACAUUGUCGCAGCGUUUACACUGUUCACCUGUGGUAGAGGCAGAAUAUACUGCAGAUACAAAGAGCUGCUUUAUGUACUGUGUAGGCUAGUUUACAGCGCAUUAUAAAAAGAGCUGCAGUGUGUGCCUACAGCACCACAGCACCGGUUUGAUUUAGAACCGCGCCUGAGACGUUAUAUUUUUGGUGUCCAUUUUCCUUGAUGUCUACAUUUCCUCGCUGCUGCUGCUGCCUCAGUUUCCCUGCGUCAGUCCCUACCAGAGGCCUUUGGCUUUUACAGCAUGUCGUGCCGCCUGUCUCUCCCUCUUUUAUCAGCCCCGCUUUGCCCUUUAUAGUUGUUCCUCCUGUAUAUGAUGAAUGUCAUUGCCUUUGCCCUAUUCAAUUAGUCUAACAGGGACAAGGGGGCAGAAUGUGGAUGAACAACAGUCUGAAGUGAAGCCUUCUACUUUAAAGGGGAAGUACAUCCAUUUUCCAAAGUCAUACAUGUUAUUCUUAUGGUCUAAGACAGCCAAAAGUGAGUAAACAGUAAACAUGAAAAACUUAGUGCUUAAACUCAAAAAUUGUGAUGUUACAUAAAAUCUGGAGCUGCUCCACAGACAUUAAAUUGGGAAAGAUGUUCUCCAUGACACUGAGAGCGCUCGGGGGAAUGUUCUGAGUAUAUGGGUACAUUUUCUGUUUCUGAAUUGAGAACACUACAACACAAUAAAGCUCCUUUGAGUAUAAAAAGACUCCCAUUCAUUGUCUCUGGAGCACCUCCUGACUUUAAACCCUAUGACAUCACAAGUUUGAGAUUUACUCCUCUUGUUUCUGGCUUUGAGAGAGAGUUGCUCAUCUUCACAAGUAUUGUUUGAACUUUUCUAGGCCAUGAAAAUAACAUAUUGGAAAUCCUUAUUUAGGUGGUGGUGGUGUUCCCCUUUAAAGUACGGCCAUGGCACAUUGUUGGAUAGUUGUAAAAAGCUGUGCCACACAGCAUGUUGUGUGAAUGUUGUAGGGUUGGAAUGUGUUUAGUGAAGUACAGAGUAGUUUGACAUGUUAGGGGAAACUUUUAUUUGCUUUCUUCCCAAGAAUUAGGCAAGGAGAUUCAUACCAUUUUCAUGUCUGUACGCUGAAUAUAAAGUUACUGCCAGAGGCCGGCUAGCUUAGCUUAGCUUAGCUUAGUUUAGCGCAAAGACUGGAAACAGAGGGAAAUAGCUCACCUGGCUCUGUCCAGUAGCAACAAAACCCACUUACCAGCAACUUAAGCUCUCUCGAUUAAUUCAUAGAAAAAGGGUUGUAAUGAUACAUUGUGGUUCAGCCCAGUAGCCAGAAGAAAAUGUUCUCACUGAAUGUUUCAUUUGCAUCACAUUUUCAGGUUUGAUACGUACUAUAUCAAUGUUUCUAUAGUGACGCAAUGUAUAAGCUGACUUUUGUCAUUGGGAGGAGGAGAGAGGUUAUGGCAUUAGCCUGGUAAGACCAUCCUGAUGAUGUGAGUUCAACAUUCUGUUUCGCUCUCUGUGUCAGCCUGGACUCGCCUCAUAUCCACAAAUUAAAAUCCAGUCAGGGCCAAUCUGGGAUCCGCACCAUAGUUGUCACCAUAAGCAGCCACUCAGGGACUGCGCUGUAGCUGAUGAUGGAAAAUGCAGGCCGUAGCUUGCAGAACAGUAAUGGCGACUCCCGAAGCAACAAGCGCUAACUCUAACCUCAGCAGAGUAAACACAGCAAUAACUGAAGUUACUGCAGAAAUAACAACAAUUAAAUGAGAACAAAAUUAUGCAUUCACAGAGGUUCUCGGAGGAAAAGACAUUUUGAUUUGGCAAAAGUUUUUUUAUCAUCUGGCUCCAUUGGUGAUGAAGAUGUACCUCAGUGUUUUGUUAUGCUAAUUGGCUGAUGGAGUUUGUCUGUCAAUGCGAGUACUCCUACCCACUAAAGGGGUUUGGGGCAACACUGAGUCUAGACUGAUACAGAAAGCAAAUCAGAAUGUUGAGCUCACGUCAUCAGGGUGGUCUUAUUAGAUUAGGAUGGUGUGUCAACAACGCAAGAUGCCGGCCAGGCUGCAGACCCCUGUUUGAGACCAACACCACUGCCCUUUUUAGCAGCACAUGAUGGCGUUUCCUGGCUGCGUUUGUGGCACCAAACCUGGGUGUUUUUCACCGACCCAUCCCUGCUUUUCCAGAGGCUUUUGUGCCACCAAAUGUGGGUGUUUUAAGCCAAAACGUGAUCUUUUCCUAACCAUAAACAAGUGUUUUUUGCACCCACACCUAACCACACCUGUUGUUGAGAAACACUAAGUUUUAAUCUAUAUAUACAAAAUAAUGUACACAUGUCAUGUAUCCAUGGUUUUCAGAAAUGUUCAGUGCAAACAUUUUUCUCUGGCUAUUGGGUUGUGUGGUUUAUGUGGUCGUAAGGUAACCAACUGCUGGCAGUAAUUUCAAAUUCAUGAGAAUGGUAUCAAUCUUCUCAUCUACCUCUUGGCAAGAAAGCAAAUAAUUCUGCAAAAUGUCAAACUAUUCCUUCAAUGUCAGGAUAGGAUCCUUCAGGUUGUGUAGCACAUUAAUGCCGAAAGAUAUGGAAACCGCUUGAGGUCAAAGCCUCUGUGAAUUGUUUUAAUUAUUAACAUGCCUAUUAACACACUGGAAAACACUUGGAGUGAUCGUUAAAACCCCAGCAGUGUCUCUUUAAGUUGUUGACAGCUGUAUGAUGUUACGAUUAAAGAGGUAAUGACUGAGGUGAUUGGGUUUGCUCAGUGAAAGUCGUAUUUUACAGGCUAUUUAUCUCUCACACGUGUUCUGUGAGUCUUUCAUUCACACAUACUCUUUAUCAUUCGUGCACAAAUUACCUGCUCAUCAUAAAUGUCAAAUCACCUAAUUCAUCAGUUAUGCUGACAUGAGGUGAAAAAAAAAAACUUGACUGCCUCUGUGAAAGUCACCCAUGAUCAUCUGACUCAGUUAUUUAUGAUUAAAGACUUUU